UUCAAUGCUGUGCUUACAGCGCCCCCCAGCGGAGUCCCACCAUUUUUUUAGGAUGGAGUUGGCUUGUCUUUCUUUUUCGGUUUCUCCCCCAAAGUAAAGAAUGCUGCUCUUCACCUGGGCACACUGGCCGUGAGUCAUGACUGAGAGGUCUGGCAGUGGCCCCAAACAUGAGAGACAGCACAAUACCUCAACUUUGGAAACUAGAAGGAAACCCCACAGAGACCAAGAAGCCACGUGCAGACAUGUCACGCAUGGCAUGCAGCAUGAAAGACGGCACAAAACCUCAACUUUGGAAACUAGAAGGAAACCUCACAGAGACCAAGAAGCCACGUGCAGACAUCUCACGCAUGGCAUACAGAAAGCAUGCGGAGCCUUUGAAAGCCCCCAUUCCAUAUGCAAAAGGCAGAGACUUUCAUCUUAAACAUGUAAAAGGGGACCUUUUCAGUUGCCCACCAACAGAUGCUUUGGCACACUGCAUCAGUGAAGAUUGUCGAAUGGGUGCUGGAAUUGCAGUGAUAUUCAAAAAGAAAUUUAGUGGUGUACAAGAACUACUAAUGCAGAAAAAGACAACUGGAGAUUGUGCAGUACUAAAGAGAGAUGGUAGAUUUGUGUACUACCUGAUCACAAAAAUGAAGGUAUUUCACAAACCUACAUAUUCAAGCCUGAAAAGUAGUUUGGAAGCCAUGAAGAUGCACAUUGUCAGAAAUGAAGUGAAGAACCUAUCAAUGCCUAGAAUUGGUUGUGGCCUGGAUCGAUUGAAUUGGGAGCAAGUGUCUCGGAUGAUUGAGGAUUUAUUCAAAGACAUAGAUAUUCAAAUUACUAUUUAUUCCCUGUAAAACCAUUUCCUUGUUGGUGUGUUGAAAUGUUGGGGCCAAAAGACGGUUUGUGUGAACAUUUGUUUUGCUGUUUAGUAAGCUGAACUCGGUAAAUUAUUUUAACAGCUGUGGGGUGCUGCCUUUUGUCUGAGGACUGGUAGAGCCAGAUGUUAUUUCUCAGUUGAAUGUUAGGAGUGAAGAAGGUGAAGGGGUUUGGUGUCUCUGAAAUGCUACUGAGUUCAAUCGGGUUGUUUAGUGUUGCUGGUAUCACUUGAGUGUUCCAGCGUUGACACUUUGUCAGUCUAGAAGCCCCUGGGACCAUUCUGUGUUUCGUUUGAAAUGUGAAAAACCUUUUUAUCACAUUGCUUCUUUCUUAAAUUGUUCUACAAAAUGAUUGAAUUGUUUCUUUUAAAGUUUAGGUUUAUAGGUUUUGUGCAAUUUUGAUUAAAGGGGAUAUUUAAAAAGAAUUUAAGCAGCCUGAUCCUGCUGCCAUAGCCAGAUAAUUGUUUCUGUUUAAUUAUACUUUCCCUGCUGUAAAGUAAGUGUUCUAUUCCAUUUUAAAUGAUGUGCAUGGGGUAAGAGCAAAACGGUCUGAUGUUAGUGAUUUCACUUGUUAGUUAUUCAGCAUGCCUGUACUGCUCAUGGGUUAGUGUAGCCUUGAUAUCACUAGUAUUUUCUUUUUUAGGUUUACAAUGUCCAGGUAAGGAGGAAAUACCCCCUUUUUCUUUUUUAGAACAUUAACCUAGUUGGCUUAUCUGCAUUCUGCAGAAAUCUACCCUUCAUAACACGUAAAUAAUCCUCAUUUCUCAAUCCCUUUGUGGAUAUCAAAGUGGCUUAGGAAAAGUGAAGCAGCUGUUGCUGCUCGUCAUUUUGAUAAUGGUUCUUGAUUUGCUUAAAAUAGAACUACAGUAGCUUGGCAUUUCACAUUAGAGGAAAGUCAGCCAGUUCGGAAGGGCACUGGGUAUUGUAAUAAAAGAUGUUAUUAAAAUGAGAGUUGCCAUCCUUGAAUGUGGGGAUUCCCUUUGUCUGCUAGUUUGGUUUUUGCUAAUAACAAAUUUUUAAUCAGAUGGGCAGUUUCUGCUUUUGAUUGAGUUAUUUAUUUAAGGUUUCUUUCUGUGUAACACAAUACAUUACGCUGUGCUAUUGUUACAGAAAAAUAAUAAAGAGUUAUAUUUUUACGUUAUUGAAA